ACCGGAGAAAGAGAACAAAAACGACAGCAGGGGAAGCUGAGCAAAAGCGCAGUACACCCAGCAGCACGGGGAAGAAGAGGAGGAGGAAAACCCAAACCAAAAUCCCCGGAGCUCGCGCCGGCUCGCCUCCCGCAUUGCCUCGGCGCCGCUCGAUCCGGGGUCGCGCCGACGCUGACCCGGUCGGAGGGCUCGAUCUGGGCCCGGAUCGGCCGGCAUUCCCCGCCCCGCGCGCGCUCCGGCCCCGGGCGGUGAGGCAUGGGGACGGUGAACGGCGAGUACGAGGACUUCGAUGCGGCCAAUCGGCGUGCGGAGGUGAUAGAUUGGCUCGGCGGGUUACUGCCGGAGUUCGAUUUGCCGUUGGAUUCUUCGGACGAGGAGCUGCGGGAUUACCUCAUUAACGGAGAAGCGCUAUGCUAUGUUGCGGACAAGCUCAUGCCCGGUGUUCUGGAGGGGACGUGGGGUGGUUAUGCAUCGGACCAACGGUCAAAUGUGAAGAAGUUCCUCUCUGUUGUUGCAGAGAUGGGGCUGCCAGGCUUUGGCGUGAAGGAUCUUGAGGAGGGAUCAAUGUCUUCUAUAGUGGAGUGUCUCUUGGCUUUAAAGGAUAAUGUGGCUACACAAUUGGGUGGUCAUAUUUCUAACAGCACUGCUAAGACUCCAAUCAGAAGGAAACUGGAACUUCGAGAAACUGAUGGACCGGUGCUUUCAGUUGCCACACCAGGGAAAAGAUACCCUAAGUCCCAGCAAAGAAGCCCUCUUCUUUCAGGACAAAAGAUCAAUGAGGUUGUCCAAUUUAAGCAUGGAACCUACACAGAUCUUCCUGCUGCUAAGAUCUCAGAGAUGCUGCAUUCAAAUAGUUUAGAUAAUGCCCCUACCCAAUCCCUUCUUAGAGUUGUUAAUGGCAUUCUGGAUGAAAGUAUUGAGAGGAAAAGAGGAGAAAUACCACAUCGUGUUGUUCAUUUACUAAGGAAUGUUAUUCAGGAGAUUGAGCACCGCAUUGGUAUUCAAGCAGAUCACAUUAGAAAUCAAAAUAGCAUCAUCAAGACACGGGAGGAUAAGUAUCGUUCAAAAAUUAAAGCACUUGAGACAUUAGUAAAUGGAACAAAUGAAGAAAACGAGAUGGCAAUAAAUCGGCUUGAGGUAGUUAAGGUAGAGAAGUCAAAAAUUGAUGAGAAAAGAAAACUAGGAGAGCAAGACAUGAUUCGGCUGAUCCGUGAAAAGGAGAAUGCGGAGAAUAUAAUUGCUAGCCUCCAUCAAGAGAUGCAAGUCAUGAAUAGGAUGCAUGAACAAUUCCGUGAGCAAAUGGAAACAAAAGCUAGGCAGAUGGAGGAACACUUGACACUAAGAGCUAAGGAGGCUGAGUUUUGUCUUAUGCAGUCCAAAAAGAAAGUUGAAGAAGUUGAGGCUACUUCCCAAUUAAAGUCACAACUCUGGAGCAAAAAAGCAAACAUUUUUCAGAGUUUUAUGAAUAAUCAGAAACUUUCUAUCAAGGAUAUAAAGAUAUCAUCUCAAUCCAUUAAACAAGAAAUGUAUGCCCUUCAAAUGACAUGGAGGGAUGAAAUAUCAAAUAUUGGACAUGACCUAAAAGGUUUAGUAGAUGCUGCUGAAAAUUACCAUAAGGUUCUUGCUGAAAACCAGAAGUUAUUUAAUGAAGUGCAGGAAUUGAAAGGCAACAUCAGAGUAUACUGUCGUGUUAGACCAUUUCUCCCUGGCCAAGAUGGGAAAUUAACUGCAAUUGACUAUAUUGGUGAAAAUGGCGAGAUUCUUAUUGCAAACCCCUCCAAGCAAGGAAAGGAAGGGUAUCGAAUGUUUAAGUUUAACAAAGUGUUCGGUACACAUUCCUCUCAAGCUGAAGUUUUCUCCGAUAUCCAACCUUUGAUUAGAUCAGUUCUUGAUGGAUUCAAUGUUUGCAUUUUUGCAUAUGGACAAACUGGUUCAGGAAAAACAUACACAAUGAGUGGACCAGGGACAUCAAGAGAAGACUGGGGUGUUAACUAUCGUGCUUUAAAUGAUCUGUUUGAUAUUUCUCUAAGUAGGAAAAAUGCAUUCUCAUAUGAGGUGGGAGUGCAGAUGGUUGAAAUAUACAAUGAGCAAGUUCGCGAUCUUCUGUCAAAUGACAUUGCACAAAAAAGACUUGGAAUUUGGAGUACUUCUCAGCCUAAUGGCCUUGUAGUUCCUGAUGCAAGUUUACACCCUGUCAAAUCAACAUCAGACGUACUAGACUUGAUGGAAAUUGGACAGUCAAAUAGAGCAGUUGGAUCAACAGCUCUAAAUGAAAGGAGCAGUCGCUCCCACAGCAUUCUAACUGUGCAUGUUAGAGGACUGGACGUGAAGAAUGGUUCUACUUCUCGAGGAUGUCUACAUCUGAUUGAUCUCGCUGGAAGUGAGAGAGUUGAACGAUCUGAAGCAACAGGAGACAGAUUAAAAGAGGCACAGCAUAUUAACAAAUCUCUCUCUGCUCUUGGAGAUGUCAUUUUUUCUUUGGCCCAGAAGAAUGCCCAUGUGCCAUAUAGAAACAGCAAGCUAACUCAAGUUCUUCAGAGUUCUUUAGGUGGACAAGCAAAGACACUAAUGUUUGUUCAAAUAAACCCUGAUAUUGAAUCAUAUUCAGAAACCAUAAGUACUUUAAAAUUUGCUGAAAGGGUUUCUGGAGUUGAGUUAGGUGCUGCGAGAAGUAACAGAGAGGGGAAAGACAUAAAAGAGCUGCUGGAACAGGUUGCAUCUUUGAAAGAUACAAUAGCACGAAAAGAUAUGGAAAUCGAACAGCUUCAGCUCCUUAAAUCCAAAUCUCCCAAUUCAAUGACAGACAGAAAUGGCAGUAACUUGCUGAGACAAUCUACUUCCUCUACUGGUUUGUCAUCACUUCCCGUGGCAAGCCAACAGAACCAACAGCUAUCAGGAUCCGUUGAAGCUGAAGCUGAAGAUAAUGCAUCUGACGAUGGUUGCUCAGUGGGGGAAACUGAGUAUUCUCCUGCUGGUGCUUCAGAAACAUCAGCAGAACGAGCGCAUAAAGCGCCAUCAAGAAUAACCAGAUUCUUUCUCACGAAGAACGGGCAGCCAUCAACUUCUAGACCAAAACCAAGGGAGGUUGUUCCGAAAACUCAAGGUAGCAUGAGACCUGGAACUGCGCAGGCGACAGGAGGAUCCUUAGCCAAGCCUUCCAAAAGACGGUAGAAAUAGAAUCUGACGAAGCAUCCAUGCAAGUUUGGCAACUGUGAUGUAACUCAACUUUUGCGCUGAAACACACGGGGGGUAGUUUAGGAGGUGCUACUGGUGUUUUCUGUGUAUCUGUAUAAGUUUCGCUGGUCGACUCAACAACGUAUCUUGGUUAAAGAUUCAUGAUGAGCAGCGAACAUUUGUACCAUUUUUGUCA